UUUACACUCAGUUUGGCUUCUCGACUUAAACACAUCAAAUCAGUCCAUAUAGUACAUAUGAAAUUGUAAAACCACAAAACCUGAUGGCCUCACUCAGGAAUGUGAAGUAUGUGAGCCAAAGGAAACCAAGAGCAGCCAAAGGGGGGGUUGGAUGUAAUGUCAUAUCCUCUCGCUCAGGAACCAGAAUGUUGUGCACGGUACAUAGUGCAUGUAAAUGUACACAUGCCUACUUCACAUGCAACCUGCAUUGUUAUUUGAGCGAAGAGGCUGUUUUUGAGGAUUUAAGUGUUGUUUGUGUGCUCAUCCCCCCCUCUAAAGACAGCGCAGUGGUUUCUUCCAUAGUGGGAGGUGUAGUUCUGUGGAGAAGUCACCGCAGAUCAAUGAACUGAGCGGAACAGACGGGCUGGGCAAGCCGACUACAGCGAGCGUCCGUGGGAUAUAUGCUGCUCACCCUUCCGCGAGACAUAAUAUUUCUCCCCCUCGACAAUUCAGUGUUAAAGAUACGUCAAAGUGAGACUAUAUGACAGCACAGCUCGGUCUCUAUGGUUUAUAGAGCCACAAACACAACUUUACCCUCCUGGAUACGCAAGAACAUACGACAUAGAAGCAUUUGGUAGAAAUUUAUUCAUCCGUCAGUGGAUAUUCGGUUGUUGAGGAUGAUUUUUGCAAAUUCUGGCCACACAGUGAGGACGUCGUAUAAUCGUAAACAGCCCCCUGUUGGCCCCUCCUCCCACCCGAUGGCUCCGCCCAGUCCCGGAACCAACAGCAGCACCAAUCACAGCAGCAGCAGCAGCAGCACGGCCGGCUGGGAGCAGCUCAGUAAAACUAACCUCUACAUUCGUGGGUUACCGCCAACCACCACCGACCAUGACCUGGUCAAGCUCUGUCAGCCGUAUGGAAAAAUCGUAUCAACCAAGGCCAUCUUAGACAAAACCACAAACAAAUGCAAAGGGUAUGGCUUUGUGGACUUUGACAGCCCUGCUGCUGCUCAGAAAGCCGUCAGCGCUCUGAAGACCAGCGGAGUUCAGGCUCAGAUGGCAAAGCAACAAGAGCAGGACCCCACUAACCUGUACAUAUCUAACCUGCCGCUGACCAUGGAUGAACAGGAGUUAGAGGCCAUGCUGAAGCCCUUCGGUCAGGUCGUCUCCACACGCAUCCUGCGGGACAGCAACGGCGCCAGCCGAGGGGUCGGAUUUGCCAGGAUGGAGUCAACAGAGAAAUGUGAAGCUGUCAUCUCUCACUUCAAUGGGAAAUUUCUCAAAACACCAGCUGGAGUUAUGGCCCCGUCAGAACCCUUGCUGUGCAAGUUUGCAGACGGAGGCCAGAAGAAGCGUCAGAGUCAAAAUAAAUAUGUGCAGAACGGACGAGCCUGGGCCAGAGACGGGGACAGCAGACUUGCUGGCAUGACCCUCACGUACGACCCCACCACAGCUGCUAUGCAAAAUGGAUUCUAUCCGACCGCCUACAGUAUUACGAACAGAAUGAUCACACAGACCCCCAUGUCUCCAUACAUCUCACCUAUGUCCACUUACCAGGUACAGAAUCCAUCCUGGGUCACCCAUCAGCCCUACAUCAUGCAGCAUCCGGGAGCAGUGAUAUCGCCCUCUAUAGAUCACUCCAUGUCUCUGCAGCCCACGUCCAUGAUGAGUCCUCUCACUCAGCAGAUGAGUCACCUCUCUCUGGGCAGCGCAGGAACGUUUAUGCCAGCCAGUCAGGCUCUCCAGGGGCCGUAUAUCCCUCCAUACACUCACAUGCAGACCACCGCAGUCUCAGUAGAGGGCUGCGUGAGGUUGAGAGAGAAGGAGACGACUGCUAAAUCAAUAACAGCUUCCUUUGAAGGACCGGCUCUACCGAUGAAUCAACAUUUUGCACAGGUUCUACGAUGAGUUCCUUGGUUUUAUAAUAAAACUUCUUCAACUAUUUUGGUAUAAGUUCCAUUAGGUGCAAAUCAAGGAUUCAUUUCAUCAGAGGAUGCUAACAAAGGAAAAAAAAGAAAAAGAAAAAAAAAAACACACACACAAAUGAAAUGGAAAGAAAAAGAAAAGUUUUAUUUUAAUAAGGAAACUGAUUAUUUUUUACCAAGGAUUGUCACAUAGAUGCAGGAACUUCAUCAUGCGACUCAAUGUGCAUGGAUAUUAUUCUUGUUUUUAUGAUUUCAGAUUAGUUUUUUUUUUUUUUCUUUUCUCUCUCUCUCUCUCUUUUCUUUUGUACUGAAACAGAUGUUUGUUCUUAGAGAUUUGUCAGCCGGACAUCCUGAGAAAGAUGCGUUUGUGCUUGCGGUGUGAGUGUCGUUGAUGUGUUUUUCUGUUGUGUGCUUCAUCUUCGGUCUGACCGAUCUGUCCGUCUUAUACGAUUUGCCUUAAACUCUUUCCCGUACAGUAGCCGAAGAAGAGACGUCCGGCUACUGCCUUGUAAAUCAGCUGAAUAGGGCUUUUUUAGCAUUCUCGCAAAGGAAAAUUCCGCUGCGCUUGGAUUUCCGUGUUUUGCUUUUUCCGAUCUUUUAGAGUACAAACCGUUUCGAGUGAUAACAUUGAUGGAGUUUUCAUAGGAUUUAAUGUUUUUAUAAUCAGAGGCGAUGAUCCUUUGGUUGUUUGAAUGUGGUAGAAAUUCUGCUGAACGAUCACAUUUUUGAUAAUUGCCUUUUACUUUCGUUUAUAAAUCUCGGUGUUGUAGUUUAGCUUUAGAUGAACUCGUGUGGGAGGGGGGAGGUGCUUUGACUCGUAUUCUAAUUUUGGGGGCGGGAGGGAGGCGUGGCCUGUCAGUCAGACCGAAUAUCGAUUGAUGCGUUCAAAAAUUU